UGGUGCUGAAAUGACUCUGCUUCGAUACAACUGUGCGCUGCCUUACAAUAAAGUGACCCUGUUUUCCGGCCUCAUUUGCCAGCGGAAAUUACUUCAGAAGCUAAAAGUGACAGUCUUUUUCAGGCAGCUACAAGACCACCUAAUUUAUGUUUUGAAAGUAAGAGAAGGAAAAUAAAGACAGCCCUCUUUCUCUUUUCUCUCCUCCUCCUCAUCUCUCUCACUCCUGCACAGAGAGAGAGAGAGAAAGGGGGAGGGAGUCAGUUCAAGCGGGGAUAAUCAGAGGAGUGGGUCAGUGUUGGCAGAUAACAUCCGCGAUGAGGGGGGAGAAAAAAGAGUGAAAACGCAUCAAAGCAGCAAAACAAUAUGACAGGAGGGAGAUAACAGUCGAGAUCGACCACCAUCAGCGCUGACGUCCAGUGUUGGCAGAUGCGAGCAGUUUCCUCCGGCUCUCAGCAUCCAAUUACAAUGGACGAGCUCCGACUGUGUGGACUCUAAAGCGCUGCCCAGCCAGAAGCGAGUGGGAAAAGAGGAAACAGAGAAAAAGAAAGGGAGGGAAACAAUGCUCCGGCUCAUCCAUCUGCACUGAUUUGAAGUGGGAUUCAUCUUUUUUUAAAUUGUUUUGUCUCCUUAGUCGCGAGUGAGGGGACUGCUGGCAGGUCCACGCACGCAGGGAAACGGUAAGAAGCUGUGUGUGUGUGUGUGUGUGUGUGUGUGUGUGUGUGUGUUUGUUUGGGAAGAAAAAAGGGGACAGUGUGCACGCGGGAUAGUGACACAGGGGCUCUUUAAUGUUGGGACUCUAGUCAUGCAGGCAUAAUUUCUGCUCAUAUUUGAUGUAAUGUCAUCCAACAGUUGACAUAAAUUAAAUCUUUUUUGAUGUUUUUGGAGUCAAAAACUCUCAGCAGUGCACUUUGAUGUAUUUGAAUAUGAAAGUGGAGCAAAAGAGCUGAAUUUGUUAAUAACAUGGAUUAAAUUAUGAUGCAAGAAGUUUGAGUGAUAUGACAUCUUUACUUUUGAGACUAAAAGAACCCUGAGGGCAUUUAAAACCCAAACCUGAGAAUCAGUGUUCCAGAUUAUCCCACAAUACCUGUUAAUAAUUGAGGAGUGAACGGUGCAGAUACUGCAUACUGAGACAAUUUGGGUCAAAGGCUGCAAAAACGUCUGCUCUUAUUAAUAUGAAAUGAGUGGGCAAAAUAUUCCCAAACUUAACUCCCAACAGCAGAAACAGACCCUAAAUGUGCCCUGUAGCACAUUCUCCCUGUGUUAUAUUGCUCCAUGCUGAUAUUAAUAUUUUAUAGACGUGUGUGUGUGUGUGUGUGUGUGUGUGUGUGUGGGGGGGGGGGGGGGGGGGGGGGUAAGGUGCUUUCAUGCAGUCUUUCUUUGAAUGUAUAUUGUAGGGUAUUAAGUUCUUGGUGACAUAAUUGGAGAUGUGUUAAUUCCAUUUGUGUACGAAAUUGGUGUCACAGCUAAAAGUGGUGAUGUAUUAACCCACAUUAUAAAGAUGUGCGCUUCUAAUUUAGUUUCCUAAUAUAGUUUUUACAUAAAGCAGGCGAAAAAUUGGACACCAAGGUCCAUUAAAUAAAGUCCGGUAUGACACCGUUUCUCAGUGUGCAGUCUAAACGCCAAUCAUAUGAAUUGAGCUGACUCCUUUAUGAUAAUUUAUAUUGACUAUAUGGACAGAAGGUGUUGUAUUUUGCUGCAUUAUAUUACACAAAUAUAUUUUGAGAGAGUCGGGUUAGUAUAAAACACUGCGUCACAAACUACAGCAAUAAGAUAGACCAUUGUCUUCAAAAAUUAAACAUCAUGAACAUCUCAGAUUUGUAUUCAUCACAGUGCGGCUGUUUUUCCUGCAUUUAUUUUGGUGAGGUGUCUCUAAAAAACAGUCAGUGGAGUCUCAAUCUAGUUGAUAUUCUGAGGUAUUACUUGCUUUUCCUAUGCUGUUGCUGAUUUCUUUCAUUAACGCACACUUCAAAAAGUUAUUCUUGUAAAAAAAAAAACAUGUUCUUACAAAUCUGACCGAGGCGACACAACAACAUCAUACUGGGGUUUCCCAUCAUUCCACAGUACUACGGCAUCAAUACCCCUGUUCUGAUCUUUGGAUAUAGUUCAGAGACAGGCUAUACCAAUUUCCUCUGUAGAGCCUCUGUGUAUUCAAAUCACAUGGGAAUUUUCAAGUGCUACUGUUGUGAUAGAGAAAAAAAAGGGAGUAUAAUAAGAUGAGUGCUGAGCACAGCACACACCCUGCAGGAAUCUGGUAGUGAAAUCACACUGACACUAUGGGAGACGCCAGGAGGGAUAAAGUAUGAUUAGAUCACUACAAGCUCACCAUCACAUCGUACCUGUCUCUACAGGGAGACUGUCAUGUUUCCUCAAUGUGCUUUCUAAGUACUUUAGUCUCCUUCUUAAUGUCAGAGUUUAAUGCACGUCUGUUUAGUUAAUUGCUAUUCUGCGCAGGAAGCAGUGAGGAUCCAAAGAGCGGGCCCCUGGAUAGGACCUUGUUUGUUCAACUCCGAGGUUGGGAUGUCUGUCCGUGUGGACAGAUUCAUACAGACAAGUUGACUACAUAUGCCUGCAGAGAUAUUAAAUUUUUCAUUGGAUACUGUCUGCUAGACAACGGAGACUGAAUCUCUACUUCUAUAAUUGUAUAGCCUGAAAAUCUACUGAUUCAGGCAAAAAUCAUCAAAACGCGUAAGAGAAUAAACCAAUAGCUUUAACAGUUUUAUUAUUUCCUGUCUAUAUGCCUGACUUCACUGACAAGCACAAUACAGGCGAUGUGCCAUGGUGUUAUUUGACACACAUCUGGCAUCCAUCACUUGCAGUCAGCAGAUGCUGUCACCUCCAUGGCAACAAAGAAACAUAAUUUAUGAGGAUUCAAUGGCUCCUUCUGCAGACACUACUGCACACCCAAUAUUACUGAAAUGCAAUAUAGCCGGGAUGAUAAGCAAUCAUUUUCCAACGAUUGCAAAGCAUUCACUUCAUUUUUUGGACACACAUACACACACUUUUUCUCACUUUUUUUUUCUCUUUGCUGCUUGAGCAAUACUUGCAAUUUCAACAAAGCUGCCAUAAAAAGGAGUAAUAUUUACAAUUCAGAUUCACCCGUCUGGAACAUCAGGGGGAACACAAUAAUGUAACAGCUUAGAAGAAAAUAGAAUCACAUACAAACUCAGUCAUGUGGAUACUUUUUUGUCAAAAAGAAGGGGAAAUAUGAAAAUGGAAGUCAUUGUUCUGCUUCUCAAUGGAGGAGGACGCGACUCGGCUUCAUCCAUCUUCCAACCCGUCUGAUCUCAUCCAUCCAUCACAGUGUGAAACAAAACUCCUGAGCGACUGUCAGAUGUUAUGACUGUGCGUCUCAUUUUGCCUCUCUUGUUACCACACACUCCCACUCCUACAGUUAGUUACACAUAAGAAGUGAUGAACUGAAAUGGGGUGAAACCAGACUGAUGAAAAUGAGGCAAAAGAAGUCGAAAGAUCAAACCUCCCAUUCUGCCCCGAUGUAAUCCACUGACUCAUAAAUCCUGCAGCCUGUCAAAUGAAGCUACUGUGAGUGAAAUUGCUCUGAUCGAUUGCAUCAACCAACCUUGACAAUUAGAAUGGACAUUGAGUGUUCAUGUGUGUGUGUGUGUGUGUGUGUGUGCAAGAAAGACAGACAUACAGACACCAGAGAAAAUUGGUAUUUGAAAGAGGGCAAUGCACGAAAGCACACCAGGGCAUGUUUCAAAGAGGGGAUGUUGACAAAGAGAUUCUUUUGAAAUGUGAAGAGCAGGAAACGCUAAUAGUUAUUUUCAAAAGGUGAAACAGUUAAUCAAAGUGUUGCCCGUGUGUUUACAACUGUAACUGCCUGAGUCCAAGAGAAAGACAAACUAAACCAUACUGGAUUUUUUGUUGGCUUUAUCUUUUUCGAAAAAAAUGGAGGCACAGUUUUAGAUUUUAGGGAACACGCUUUUGUUUUCUCCCCUUCAAGCCUGCUAUCUGAUGAGCAGCUGGAUAAAGACUGAAAAGGGAACACAGAUAGCAAGGCUCCAUUUAAAGGAAGUAAAAUCCUUCAAAAAUUCCUCUCUACAGUCUCCACUGGUUGCUUGGUAACCUCACGUACACAACAAGACUCCAGGAAGUCUCAGAGUAUGAAUUUUAACCCCCCAUAAAACCUUAACUUUACGGUUAUUGCCUCUGAAAACACUUAUAAUGCUCCACAAAACUAUUUUGUUUGCUGCAGUUCUACUUUCUGCUGCGUGAACAAACACUUUGUAUCUUCACAGACACACUGCUGCGCGCAAUUAGCACAGUGAAUCAUGUCUCUUCCUGUGUGCUGGGAGCAGUAUCUGCUCUAGCCCAUAGCAACCAUAACAGUGUAUGCAGUCAUAUUUCUGUAACCAAACUGAAUUAACUGUCAUAUAUUAAGUUUAGCUGGAAGUUACAUGAACUAGAGGUGGGCAAUAUAGCCUCAAAUUUUAUCAUGAUAUUUUAAAGAAAUUUGCAAAAAUGAAAUGACAAAAAAGAUUUUUAAAAAAUGCAUGGUGAUUGUUGCUCAGAGGCAGCAGCAUUUGUUUGUGAAGACAAAAUAAGGGGCAUUUUGCAUCAACGUAUCUGCUUUGUUGCCACUAUGUCUGGUGGAUUCAGAAAUCUACCACCCACUCAUGAAUAGCUGCACCUAAACCUCGACUGAGAGGAGACAGAGUGAUUAUGAUUUUUAAAAAUACCUUUAAAUACUGCUCUAAGUUAUAUAUUUUCCAUAGCAACAUGACUCAUAUAUAAUGACAGAGCAAUGCUACAGAACUUAUAGUGGUGUAAAAAAGCAGAGCAGCCUCACAGAAAGAAUCUCUGUGGACAUAUAUAAUCAUAAAGUGAGCUUCCAAAUGACUAAAAGUAAAAUAAUGGAGAUAGACAGUGUCCGGUUUUAUGCAUACUUGUUCUUAUUGAGGUAAAUAAGCAUGUCAACAUGGUUGGAUGUCAGACAGGGGUGCAACUAGGUCACAGUCAGUCCAGCAGCAGAAAACACGCACUGAGGGGACACUGUUGUAGCUGGUAUGCAGAGAUACUGGUGAGCAGGUUUGCCAGUCUGAGAAAUCUCUUUGCACAGCUUGUAAAAGUUCUCAACCUACAUGUUUGGUUUGUUUGUGCCUGUUGUUGAAUAUUUGCUCCCAAAUAGGAGGCUUGUGGAGACCUUGUCCACAGCUGCAGCCCUCAGUGAGUGCCUCCGCUGUGCCCAACACCUUCAGGCAGUUGGUUCACAUUAAAAUUUAAAGCUCCUGUCAGGGACUUUCAGUUUGUGUCAAUUUUGACACCCCCCUGUGGACAAAGCAGUCUUUGCUUAUCAUAUCCACUUCAUGUAAAAGUACGGUCUUGUGGGAAAAAAAAGAAAUCUCAUCCUGCUGAAUUUUUACAGCCAAUGUCAUCAUUUAAUGUGUUUGUACAGAAAUGGAUUAUGUAGACAGCUGCUCUGUUGGCACCUACCCCCUCAUAUCAGCCUGAGGAAUUUAAAAUGACUAAAUAAAAAAUAUCAGCCCUGUCACUAGUGUUUUUCUGUAAUAAUAAAAAAAGCAUCAAUAUGUAUUUUAGUUGACUUCAUUAAAAAAAAAAAAAAUGACAGAAGCUUAAAACACCACCCUGACAGCUCAAUAUGAUAUGAGACCACAUGUUGCUUAUGUCUAACAGACAGAGAAUCAAGCCAAGACCUGUGUGUUUGUGUACAUUCUUCACAAACAAUAACCCAAUAAUUAAUCAAUUGUUAUUUUAACCAUUUUAACAUUAUACAAGACUGUUAAAACUCUUAUAAAAUAUAUAAACCUUUCUCCAAACAAAGUGUCUAUUUCAGUUCAUCACAAGUUAUAACUAAUGUAAUUAACACGGUGAAAAUGGUCCUAAUACUUUUUACAGCAGCUAAAAUCAAUUUUAAAAAAAUGUCCAAAUAAUCUGGCUUUAAAAAUGUUUUAAAAAUGUUAAUGUAUUUCCCAUUUUGAACAGGCUGUCUGCAACCGUUUUUUAAAGGAUGAAAUUUAAUGCAGUUAAAUCAGUCCAAUAAUUCUUCAUUUUAUGGCAACCUAAAACCUACCCCAUAAUGUAGUCUGAUCUCACAAAUUUAAAAUCAAUUAUUUAUCUAAUGGCACAUUAACCAUUGAUAAAUCCAUCAGUUACUGUAUAUAUGUGACCGAUUAAUAAGGGAUGACUCCUUGGGGAGGUGUACCCAAUAUUAAUACAAGUAGGUUUUGCCAAAGAUAUCUGUAAAGAAAAGCAUGUUCCUAUGUUUCUUAAGCAAUACCUUAGCUAAAGACAGCAAUUUACUCUCUUACCAAUGAGUAAAACCUCCUUCAAUGUCCUCUCCGGUCUCUUUCCCUGUGCCAUGAUGCCACUAGUGAAAAUACCGAGAUAAGGCCCAUAAUGGGAGGUGUUUGCCUUCAGGGCUUUCUGCCAGAAAGCCAUGCCUUUACUUCUCCCUGGAGAUUGCACCCACUCACCCCAAGUUACAAGGUGCAGGAACAGGCCCCAGCUGCGGUGCAGAGAUGAAUGAGGCUCCACUCUCCUUAUUGCAAGUCAGUGUACCAACAAAAUUAAAAUGAAGCAGUUUUUGGGGGUAAAACUGUUGAAUAAUGACUCUUUAAAGUGGAAAAUAUGCUGAUUGUUAGAAAGGCAGUUAGACUAAAUGAGACUUUGACUACGUGCUUGUGUUUUUCUGUCACUUAUUGCAUUAAGAAAAUGUAAUGUUACAGGCGAGCUGCAGUUUCAUAAACUCUGUCAUCUUUUAUGAAGGACUUCCCAUAAGAUGGCAGUAAAUCUAUUUUGUGCUAUAUUAAGUUUCAUCCGUAUAAUGUUUUCUAUCUAAAAUCGAUAUUUCAUUGCAUUAAAGUUCAUUUGUUUUGAAGUCAUACAUUUUUUACACAGCUUUGGCAAUCUUGCCUCUGCUUAGUCAUGCAGAUUAAGUUCUGGAUUAAAGACAAAAGAGAGCACAGAGAGAGGGAAAAAAGGCACAAAGCCGAAACAGUUGAAAAUCUUCUUUUGAGCCUCAAGCAAUAAUGGUGUGACGUAACAAUCACCCUACUUUGAUAUCAAGAGCGUGAAAGUAAAUCUUGUGAGGAAAAUGAUAUUGAUAACACAGUCGUAUAGCCGCCAUUGUGCUCUGACUUCCUGGUAGCAAAUCAAAGAAACCUUAAUUCUAGACAAUAGUCAUUCAAACAAUAGACAGUGGGUGUUUAUUUUUCUCUGUCAGUCCAUUUGUGGUUGGAGGAAAGUACAGAUGGUCACUGUGCAUCAAGGAUAAAAGUGUAUCUGCAACCACAGCAAGCAACCCCCAGUGUAUGGUCAUCAAAACAGCACCUUUGGCUAGGCCUGCACGAUAUAUCGUUUGAGCAUCGUCAUCGCAAUGUAUGUUUGCACAAUAGUCACAUUGCAGAGCUUGCAAUGUAGAAGGUAAAUGAACUCUUCUAAUUUCAAGAGUAGCUGACUGAGAUUCACUGCAUGGGAUUCUGCGUGUGCUGUGCAGCGAUCCACCAAUCACAUUGGUUCUUUACUCAGUUGCCAAUCAGACUACCCUACCAGCCAUCAAUCAAAAUCAGAGAAGAGGAAACCAUGCCCCUGCACAUGGAGUGAGAAACGAAUGCCCGCCGACAAUUACUUUCAGAACAUUACUCAUCACUGUUAAGCCCCACAAAUAAGAAUUGUACAGGUUUUAAAUUGUACAUUUCCGUGGACCACUCUACUACAAGCAGUGCACGUUUCCUCGAGUUGCCUGCAAUUCUUGGUGGACAUGUGUUUCUCUGCACAACACCGGUAACAACAACAAUUGCAAAAUGAGCAACGAACAAGAGAAAAACACAGAAGAUGAAGACUUGUUGCCAAAAAGAAAAGCAACGUCAGUUAUCUGAAAUUAUUUCUGUUACAAGAAAGAUGUUGUUGACCAAACACCUGUUCUGUGUCUGCAGUGCCUUUCAUCUGUUGCCACAACGAGAGAUAACUAGUCCCAGCACAAUAAAAGCAAGCUAAAAAUAUCUCUCAGACAGACAGAAGCCAUUCUAUUAACACUCACAAAAAGAGGCAAGAUCAGUGCAGGUUAACCAUCCACAGGAUUUCAGCAGUGCAGCAUUGCUAUAUAAAGUGCUAUUCAGGUCAUCUUGUAAAACUUCCUGUAUUUUUUAAUAUCACAAUAUAUAUCGCAGGGUUGGAAAAAAAUUGCAAUGUUGUUUUUUUCAAUAUCGUGCAGCCCUACCUUUGUCACUGGGCCUCUUUAUUGGGCUUAUUUUUUCAAUGUUGCAGGAGCAACAAUCAGCUUUAAGAUGGCAAAGUGAAUGGGUGUAGAAAAGGUGGGAUCAUUAAGGCUGAAAGUCACAUGCUCUUUUACUUCAGGUGAUUUUUUUUGUUUUGGGUGGAUUUUUGUGAUGCACUUUUUAACAGUAAGAAUAUCAUCAGCUUAAGCAUUUGUUAAGGAACCACCCAGAGAACUGGCCUAGCCUCAGACCCAUCAUCAAGCUCAUUAUUAUUUUUGCUGGCAGGGGGUCUGAUACCAGAGUCAUUCUAAAUGUUACUCCAUUGUUGUCAAAUGAACCCACUUAAUCACAGACAACUUAACCACAGAGACGACGCAUGAGUGCCACCCAUCCCAGAAGUACUUUUUUUUUUUUUUGUUUUUGGCUGCCGGUAACAAACAUAGAUGCUGCUUAUGGAGUGUUACUUUGUGACAGUGUUACUUACAGCAUGUUAUUCCUUUUGCCUUAAAGCCUAAAACAUACAGGAUCCGUAUUGAGCGUGUAACGUCAGUGUCGUGUAUCACACAGCGAAAAGGUUGCCAUUCUAAUCAAUGAUGUAUCGCACACAGGAUACCUAUCAGCUCCGUCACAGCUCUGUCUCAGAAGCGUAUUGAGCACAGCUCUGCUAAAGAUGCGUGCCAAGUCUAUUUUUGCUUCUCUACAUGCCAAUGUACACAAACAGGAUCAUUCUAGGCAGCAUGUCAUGCACUAAAAUUGCACAUGUCAAAUGGUAUUUCAAAAUAAAACACCAUCUGCGGACUCCCGACUGUGUAUCAGCUCAUGUAGAUGAGAAAUACUUCCUGGUUAUGGAUUUGUCAGUAACACAGAACGAUCCAAUGGUCAAUCCCUGAUCCAUAUGGACCCCAACAGGACAUUUAACUGCUAACUCCAAAAACUGCUAAUCCGAAACGGUAAAAUUAUGUUGCUUUUCCGCAUGUAGUAGAGGCUCAACAGUCACUAAAUUAUAUUCAAAUUAGCAGGAAAUAGAGCACACAAAGGCAAAACGACCUGUUGUGAGCAUGUUGUUUCCUGCAUACUGAGUCCAGCUGACCAGGGCUGCACUAAGCUGCUGCCACACUCCAUAUACGCAUCCUGUAUGCGAUAUCCAACGCUGCUCUAUGGAGCAAAUGAAGAACGUGCUCGAUAAGGAUCCUGUAUGUUUUUGGUUUCAGGGAAGGUUUUUAUGGGUUGAACAGCUGCAGGUCUCAGAUCAUUUUGGCUUAUGUUUACAAAGGAGUCAUUGGUGAAGUGGUGAGCACAAACGGCUUCACUGAGACUAUUGUUUUCCAUCAAGAUUUUACACUUUUUGUUCUGGAACUUUUGUCUUUGGGAGGAGAAAUCUGCUGUGACUUACUUUUACAACCAGAAGCAGACUUACAUAAAGCAACUUUCCAAGACAUACUGAUUCAACAAAGUGAGGAGUGGGAAAAAAUCAGGCCAGUAAAAUUGAAUUUUCAGGCAAGGGAUUAUUUGUAUGAGCUUCCUGCUGGUUCUUAAAGCGGCAUUGGAGCUGCCAGAUGGGCUUCAACAUUGUCCUGAUACUGUGGCAGAGCCUGUCACCAAGUUCAGGCCAAGUUUCAUAAUGUUAUUGGAAUAAGUUGUUCAGGGAACCAAGGCAACCGGUCUGUACAUUUUGCCAACAUCCAUUUAUCUCCAUUUAUUGGGCGGCAGUAGCUCAGGGGGUAGCGUGGUCGGCCAAUAACUGAAAGGUUGGUGGUUCGAGCCCCGUCCUGUCCCUAGUCUGUACGUUGUGUCCUUGGGCAAGACACUUAACCCACCUUGCUCCCAGUGUGUGUCCUCCACUGGUGUAUGAAUGUGAGUGUUGUGUGGUGGUGGUCGGAGAGCCGUUUCCGUCAGUCUGCCCCAGGGCAGCUGUGACUACUAAGGUAGUUUACCACCACCGAGGUGUGACUGUGUGAGUGAAUGAAUGAUGUAUCCAAUGUAAAGUGCUUUGAGGGUCUCUGAUAAAGCACUAUAAAAACCUGAUGCAUUAUUAUUAUCUCUUAAUCAUGAAACAGUGCUUAAGUUUUACAAGGACAUCCAACAUUGUUACCCUAUAUGAAUGUAUUACAUGUGGUCUCCUUUAAAUGACUUAUCUUCAUCAGCAAUUCCCUUCUGAAUAAAUAGUCAGUGCUGACUUUUUAGAGACACAUUAAACAAGGUGGUUCUUACAUAUACAUAUGUGUGUUGUUAAAGACACACUCCGAUGAAAAUCAAGUAUUUCUUGUUUUUUAUAAGUCCAUGUGCCAUUUUUCUGAUGCUACAGGACCUAUCAUGAGCAAACUAAAUGCAAAAUUGCUUUUCUGAGGAUUUCUUCACUAAAAUCACUGUGAAUCUCUGGCAGACCCAAACGGCAGGAUCAGAUUCAGUGAGAUUUCAUAUGUAACAAAUCCAAGCUCCGCUCCCAGAGCCCCACUAUGCAAGCCAGACUCUGCAUAUAGAGGAGAAAUACAGAGGACGAUUACAGAACAAGCAAAUUGCUAGUGAUCUACUGGAGCUCUGCAGAAAAAAAAAAAGCCAUUGGAAAUGACACAGGUAACAGGCUUUGUGGCAAACUUAAUAAUCAAUUAAAGACCACUGAGAACACUUUAAGUAGAUUAAAAAAAACGAUCGCAGUGGGACUUUAACUGUAUAACAGAGAGAUGACAUACUGUUUAGUCUGUUUUUAGCAGGCAUCAACCUCAGAAGCUGGAAAGGAAGGAAAGGAAGACAAUGUGAAAGUGAUCAAAACUGCAGUCCCUCAAGCGUCCACUUGAGACUGACACUAUAAGCUUCAUAGGUGAAGUCUUUGUACAGUUUUUGGGCAGAGUUGUGAACGGGGAAGAAAGAGUAAGGACUGGUGUGACAACAGGAUUGGAUCUGGACAUUGGUUGCCAUGUUAAAGGUCUAACGUCUUUGUAAUCAGAGCUAAACCAUCACCUCACUUUAGCCCCACAUUUAAAUUUGUGCACAUUCGGAAGUCUUAAGAAGUGACAUGUUUGUUCUCUGCCAGCCCCUUUAUUUUGAAAUUCUUACUAUAAAUUAAAAAUGAAUUAUUUCUGAGUGUAGGGCAACACAUGUACCAAACAGAGUGGUACCUAACACACCAUAUUUGAAAUCGAGGGUAACCAUUCACCCUGUCACAUUUGAUGAGUUAGGUUUGAGAGUGUGUUGACCAGAGCUGAAGUAUCAAAGUGCUGCAGACAAACUCAGGGUUUCUCGGUUGCUUUGAACCUGCGUGCGAAUCAUGUCAACAACUAUUUUACUAAUCAGCUUACAUUACUACCAACAGUCUUCACAUCUCAGACAGACCUGUUCCAGCAGUUUAUCAACUGAACUCUAAAAAAGCAAAGAUUUAUCGAGUUUGUCUAAGCACAGGGAGAUCUAGUGGAGGGUUUUAAACUAAAUGCUCCGCUGGGAGAGGAAGCAGAGUGCUGCUGCUGCACAGAGGGUGAUCUGCCUGAGGUAGCCUGGCAGCAUGCAACACACACACACACACACACACACACACACACACACACACACACACACACACACACACACACACACACACACACAUACACACACACACACACACACACAAAUGUACAGUACACUCUAAUACACGUUAAAGACACACACAACAUGCUCCCAUUUACUUUGUUUCUCUACAACACAGACAUUUACAAAUGUCUCCCUCUGCUUCUUCCCCACAUCUGCUUUAUUGUGGAAAUCAAUGGCUGCAGAGCUCAGCUGGACAAAGUGGCGGUGGAAAAAUAAAGAAAUCAAUGCAGCCUUAUUAACUGAGCAGAGCUUCCUUUAGCGCUGACACAAAAAUAUGUGUGAGAGUGUGUGAGAGGAGUGCGGUCUUGGCUGCCAGCUUGUGUUGGACCGGUGUCUGUGAAUGAUGAUGGCUGCAACUGGAUGUAGGACGGAUGUGCGAGUGCAUAAGCAUGUAAGUGUCUUCCCCUGUGUGUGUGUGUGUGUGUGUGUGUGUGUGUGUGUAGGUCUGUCAGUAACAGUGUGUACGUCCCUGACUGUUGGUGGCAAGUGUUUGUGGACAAGUGCUACUUUGUGAGCGUGCUCUGCAUGAUCAUGAGGUGUGCAUACGUGUGUGUGUUUUUGUGUGCAUGCUUGAGACUAUCGCUCAAAGUCAGUGUGUUACUCUUGGGUUCCAGCCACAGUCCUCUCCCUUUUGCCUUGGCCGCAGUCUAUUUGUGGACAAUGGGAUGCUCAGAGACAAAUGAUUUAGCACCUGUCAGUCAACACAAAGGGUGAGAGAUGAGAAAAGAAAGAGGUCAGAGAUGGGAGGAAAUGGGGAAAUGAUUGAGACCUUCAGAAUAAAGGGGAAGAAGAAGUUCAAGCCAGAGUUGAGCAAAAAAGAAAUCACGAUUUAGCUUUGGGUCUUCACAUCACUCAUGUUCCCGUGAGCAAUUUUCCUAGCAAGCUGACAGAUUCUAUUUUCGUUGAGUUGUUUGCCUAACACUGGCUCACAUGAACUGUGCCUGGCCUUCGGGCGCAGACCUUCCCUUCUAGUAAGAGUUACCAUAACAACAGAUGAGGCCCACCUGCACCGGUGGCAGCAUAGGGAUGUGAACUUUGCUUCUGCCUCCAGCAUUCUGGAUGUGUGCCGCACCUUCCGACACGUCGACACCUACCCUCCCCUGAAAAAAUGUUAAAAAAGAGGGAACCACAACAGCAGUGUGUGGUGAAUUUUCUCUGUGCUGCGACUGUUUGGCCAGGCAAGCUGUGAUUGUUCAGCAGGAGAAUGAUUUGUUUGAGGCGUGAAAACAAAGCGCUAUGUCAAGAAUAAAGAGGCAAUUGUAAUUUCAGAAACUCCCAAAUAAACAAACUCCCAGCUGCUUGAAUCCGGUGUGAAAUAAUGUUUGCAGAGCUGCAGCUUGCAGCGUGUGGAUGCAUGUUAGGAGGUAGAUGCUGGUGCUCCUGAAUGCUGAACAGGCUUUGUGUGAUGUGCACUUUAUUAGAUUUGCUGACUGACAUCUGCCCUGUCUGGACUCUCCUUUGACACUUGUCUAUGCACACAACAUUAAGCUCUAAUCAGCCUAUUUAUACAUUUAUACAAAGUCCAUACAGAUAGGAGGCUGACCUCAUUUUUAAUACAGAACAAAGCAGCCCCCCUCUAUGAAAACGUCGACAGUGCCGAGAGCGGCUUAGCUAACGAGCAUCUGAUUGUGCAGAUUACGCAUGUUCCAUAGAGGAUUAACGAGACUGAAAUGAACAAAUUGACCUCUUACUUUUGAAAUCCCACAUCAACAUGACAAAAGAUGAGAGCGAGGGUAGACUAGAUCUGAAAGAACAGAGCACAUACUGUACCAAAACUCACCCACAGCAGCAUUAUUUAAAUCAACCUCUCCCUGGAUGUUGUUUUAUUUCAGUCACUGUGUUUUUUCAUCGUUUCCAUAACGUGAAAACUCUAUGGGUUAUCUUUGUCUCUACAUCUCGUCUGUCUUGUUCGUACACUGAAAGUGCGGCGCGUUUCCUCACUCAGGCUUUUAAAGGCAUGGUAUCUUUUUUCUCUACCUGGCAGGGUGUCAUUUGCAUUGAUGUGUCUCCAACAACAAAUAUAGGAGCAUGAAUCCUCUCCUGUGUGUAUUCUUAGCAGAGGGCAAGCCAGCACCCUCCCCUCUGACACUUUGCAAGCAAGUCAAAGCUAUUUAAAAGUCAUCUCACUGCGGGAAGUAACAAAGGCUCAAUGACAGACCAAGGCCUUAUUCAAAAUUCAAUUUUUGGGCUUUCUCUCUCUGACAAUGGAAACACAUAAUUUCUCUCCACGCUUGUUUGCUGCUCUCUACAAAGGAAAUGGCAUGCUUUGUUAAUGAGCGUCUCUGUUUUUGCUGAGAGAAGAAGCUGAGCAGCUUAUGUGGGUCACAUUGUAUUAAUCUAGCAGGCUAUCCCCUGUAAUGUGCCCUAAAUCAAACAUGCCAUAUUAAAACCCAGUUCAUUGCUCAUUUGCUUCAUAAUGUGGCGUGUCUGAACUAAGAGUCACUUCUCAGCCUCUGAAAUAGCGAUCCUAGUACUCUUGCAUUUCAGUUUUAAAUUACUGCUCUGGAUUAUAGCGGUACAAAUGAGAAACGCUUGAUAUCAAUCUGGCUGAACAGUUCAAACAGUCCUCUUGUUGAAUAUUUAUCAGUCACAGUUUAUUUCAGGCACAGGACCCUUUCAUCACUUAGCUCUAAUGAGAUCUUUGUGCAUUCUAGUAAUUAAUAACAACAUGAUUCAAAAUCAUUGAGAGUGAGAUGUUAACGCUCACAAUUAUCUCACUGGGUGAUUCUACAAUCUUGAGCAAACUCGAAAUUUUCACAAGAUAGACAAGCUUAAUGGGAUCUGGAGCCACGGCCGGGCUGCACAUGAAUGUUUUAUAUCAAUGUGAGACUUUGGAGGGAAUCAAUGCCAUGUCUGCGCCUCUGCUGGAUGAAGAUUCUGUACAACGAGCAGGGCGGCUCAGCGGAGCACAAUAAAUCUACCUGAUGUCAGCGGAGCAGAAUGACAAGCUCAGUGUGACAUUUCAACAUGUAUUAUAUCUCCAGGCCCGCGGUAUCUCCAUGCGAUCUGUUGCUGAUGAACUGUAGUGAACACUUCUGGGCGACGUGAUAUUGGACAGCAGGUCUAAGGCCGUUUCGAUGUGAACAGUCGAGUGAAACAAUAAAUCCCUUCCAGGCUGUAUAGAAAUAAAAAAGGGCAUGGGUGAGUUGCUCAGUGAUGGGUUUAUAUCACAGACAGAUAUUCCUGAAAGGUGCUGUAAGCGUCCAGAGAUGAUACCUCUGAUCAGAUGAACGGAGCUGGCUGCCACUUGGGAUUUGCUAUGAGGGGGUAAAUAUGGUUUCUCACAUUGUAAGGAUCAAAAAUGCGUCCCACCUCUUUGCUGCACAUCUGCACACGUGUGUGUUUCAAAGACAGCACAGCAGACUGAAAGAGAGGCAGAGUGUGAGUGUUUGCGCAUACAUUAAAAGACAAGAGAGAGGUCCUUGAGGCAACCUGCACAUCUUCUAUCACAUCUUUAAUUAAUUGAAGCCCAUAAUAGAGGCUGUUGCAAUUUCACUGAAUAGAUGCGGCUGAAUGGAAAACAGGCAGGAUGAGAAGAUAGUUUUAUGUUGCAGUGCUUUUUAUCAGUCCUCCCUUGUCAUUUCACAGUCACAGAGUUACACAACAUAUCUGCAGUCUUUGCUCUGAGGAUGAAAUGACUGUGAGCGGAAAGGGUUUGUUGUUACAAAGUGAAGUGAGAAACACAGCAGCAAAAGUACACCUGUCCUACACUCAAGAAGAAGCACAGAUACUUUUGACCUUUUAACCAAAAAACUCCAGUAACGCAGAAGUACUGAUUCAUCUUCUAAAGUAAUAGAAGUUAGAGUGAACAAAUGCAGGCUCUGAAAUAAACUCUGAAGGGAAAAAGGGAAAUUGGCUUUGAGACUUUCUACUGGCUGAUUAUAUGUAAAAAGUGUGCAAAGACACCCCCCCCCCCCCCCCCAGGAAAAAAAAGGAUAAUGAUGAUAUAAUUAAUUAAUUAAUUGAUUAAUUAAUUAUUUUUUUUAAAAAGUAAAAAAAUAAUAACACAAUCACAACACUACAAUUACACUAGAAAAGAGCUACUCCACAAGUGUUUGUGAAUGCAGUUGGCUCAAUUACACGUCGUCAACCAUUGAGUCAUGUUUUAUCUGCCUCAAUAGCCCAGUGACAGAGACUUCUGGAGGGGAAAGACAGCCUUAUUACACAAUUGUUUGCAACGCUUUUAUUUUGACUUCUCUACUGUCUAGUGUUUGGGCUGUGUUUAGGCAGAAACUCUUAGGAUGUUUUUGGAUUUAUAAUAAAUCUUGAUCAUCAGUUAAAAGUGUCUGACCACUCCUAGAUAAGAGGGCUGCAAGCUAACCAAUAGAAAAAGUUAUGGGGAGGAGGAUUUUCUUCAGGUGCUGCUGUUGUUAUCUGUUAAAAAUGCAAACAGAAAAAUGCUAAAGUAAGACAGGGUUAGAGAAGACCCCUCAGUGGCUCACCCUGAGUACAGGAGAUCUAGUGGUCGAUUUCACAUAACCAGCAACUAACUUUGAUUAUCCAUUACAUGCAUGUCCAUGUCAAAUACAAAUAAUAUUGGUUUUCCUCUUUUCUGCCGUGUCAGUUUCCUCUGCAAACCUCUUUUCAGUACAAGAAGUGUGUAAAACAACAUGCCAAAUAUGCCAAUGAAUCAUCCUUUUGUGGUCUGUAUAAUUAUCCAAAGUCUGUCUUGUUGUUUGGAAGGCUGUAUGCAAUGAUGUAAAAAAAAAAGAAAAAAGAAAACACUCCAAUUUUAUGACAGCUAAAACAUGAAACCUGUUCUUAAAAUUUGAAGUAGAAAACAAAGAUUUUUAGAGGGAAAGAGCAAAAAGGUUCCCAAAAAAAGACUUAAGUUUAUCACAGAAAAUUGAAAUCUUGAAGCAUUAAUGAGAAGUGUUUCUCUGGUUGUGAAAAAGCCAAACUGACAGUAAUGCUUUUUUGUGAGCUACAAAAGAAACAAGACCGAUGACCAAAACCAUUUAUGUUUGAGGUUUUUUUUUAAGGCUGUUGUCACUGCGAGGAAGUAGGCAUCAGACAGGGAAAAGUAACAGCGCAUGUGGUGAAAUAAAGUUGACUCUAAUAUAGAUUUCAUCAUGGAGCAGAUGCACUCCUAAGUUGAAAAAGUAAGGAGCACACAAAGAACUCAAGGGGCACAAUGAAAAUUGAUCAAAUAAUGUGUCUUAUUAGUUGACUUAAGUACGGUUAUUUGAAAUCAAUUUUAGGUCAAUUGGUCACAUGACAUUGAAGCUAUUGAAGAAAAUGUUCAAAAUUUGCCUUUAAAUUUAACACAAAUUUUUUUAGAGGACAAAUUAGGGAAAGACAGAGGUGUGUCUUAUUGGUCGACAUAAGUCCUAUUAUUUGAAAUCAAUUUUUAGGUCAAUUGGUCAUUCGAAGCUACUGAAGGAAAACAGCCUUUUUUGAAAAAAUCAGUUGGUAACUAAUUGAUGGUCCCUUGUUCAACACCCGAUGUUGACAGUGAGGCUGCUGAGUAGAUUUAACCCUGCUGCUGUUUCCAGGUAUGGAGAGUGAGAAGACACCGGUAGAUACACUGUGAAUGUCCAUCAGAUAUCCUAUUUAAAACUAACUUCACCUCAGUAUUUACUUGAAAAAACAUUUGUUGCCUCGGCUGAUUUUUUUUUCUCGCACACAUGUGCCCCUAAAUACAUUUUACAAUUCGCACACAUCUAUUUUUAGUCCUGGUGAUGAGUGUUAACUAAUUCAAAUAAUACCCUUAGUCCUGGACAUUAAAAGCGACCACAUAUCAAUGAAGACCUGUUUUAUCUUCUGUCUUUGUCCAAAAAAGAAAGCCAGAAUUGACUUGCUAGCUAGUAUGUCUAAAGGGUUGUUUGUCUUCAGUUAAGCCCCGCCCACCCUAAAACUGCAAAGGGUCCUUGAGUUCAUGUGUUUAUUUGGUUUCUGAACUUUAAAGCCUGUAAACAAAAGCUUACUGCGACCUCCUUUAUCAGACUCUGCAGCAGUGACAGGCAUUUUAACACACGUUGCUAAAGGUCCAGAAUCUUUCUUGUGCCUUUAUUUUGCUUUUUUGCUUUUAUAAGGGGCAUAAAGGAAUCAGUAUAAAUUUCAGUCUGUUUUAGGAUCAAUCAGUAAUUCUUUACAGGAUAUUCAGUGUACUGUUAGAGGAGUACCUGCAAAUUGUGACUCUUUAGAGGGUGAAUGAUGCUCACUUUCUUCUCUUUUCCACGUUUCCCCUCUAGAUUUGUUAACCGUGAAACCACCAUGGUCCCCCUGUGGUUCUCCAGACUGGUCCUAAUCGUGUUGGCCUGCAGCCCUCACCUUUCUCUGGGAUGCCCCUCUGGCUGCCGCUGCUACAGCCUCACGGUGGAGUGUGGAUCUCUUGGGAUUAAAGAAAUCCCACAGGGUGUCCCUUCAGCCACAGAGGUCAGUUGGCCAAUCGACUAUGAGUUAGGACACUUGCUGUUAGUGCAUUACAGUUGACCUGCCCAUCCUGCAUCAGUGCAUUUGUGCCACUCGCCCCCCUCUCUGAUCCAUUCUUAUUACCCUGAAAUGAUUGUGGUUAAUCAAUUCACCAUGGCCCUCUUUGAUGUAAGCCUGAGGGAGGGGCUGCGCUGCUGGCUGUGUAAUUAUUCAUUCUUGCUCAGAAAGUGACUCUCACACACCCUCUGAUCAUCUGUCGAGAAGAUGUUUAACAUUACAUCGUCUUUUCCUCUCGGGUUCAGGCCCCCCAACAUUACUGCAGCUCAUGAAUAUUAAUGGAAAGCAUGUCCGGGAUAAAUUGUUCCAUUAACCUCAAUCAGCAGGUCUAUCUCGUCAAUCAUACUUUACCUCAUGGCCCGUGUUUUCCUCUUUGAAAACAUCGCUUGUGAAUGCACAUUAGCAAUCAAGCAAAAAGCCAUGCAUUAUGGAUCAAACAGUUUCUUUCGUGUAGCAGCAAUCACUCAAACAGUUGUUGCUUGAAGAUGUUUGCUGACAAGGUCUGUGAUUUCUGCUGUGUUUGGCAAAAUAACUGAGCCUUGCAAAGGGUAAAAUGCAAAGCAACCCACAUCAUCAGAGCCACAAUUAUAAUUAUCCUGAACUACCAUGUCCCACAUUGUUUGUACUCGUACAUUAGCAUAGAGUGUAUUCAAAGAUCUGCACAGCCCAAGAGUGCAGAGAGGCUUAAAGUGUCUCUGUUGUCAGUAAAUCUCUCUUCAUGGUUGGCACAUUAUUCCAUCAUCUCAUCGAUGUUUUGUCGCAGUCCAGACCACCUACACUGUGACUAAAAACCCUUAGUUUUCAGUCCUGGAAAAGUUGGUGACAAAUCAGCAAUUUUCAAGUUACAGAGAAGUUUUAAAAGUUGGAGAAAAAUCCUGCCAAAGCCUGGCCAUGCUCCCAUUUUGUCUAAGGUGAUCCUAAAACAAUCUGCACGAUUGUGAGGCAGUUUUUUCUAAUUUUUGUGUUACAGUAGAAGGGACAGGAAAACAAACACACAAUGAGCCCUAAAGCUAAUACCGAGCAGUAACACCAGGUCCCAUUCAGGGAAGUGCUUUAAUGUUUAGCUGGAGAGCCAAAACAUCAGGGGUAGUCAAAGCAGUGUUUGUCAAUAUACAGCUUGAACAUACAUAUUUUUCAGGAUGCUUCUUAAUCCCAGAGAAUAAUUGCUUCAAAAUAGACUUAUGAGACUCACAAAAAAUUGUUUGGCUCAACUUUUCCCUUUUGAGGGAGAAUAAGUUUAGUCACAAAUGGGUAAAUUGCUCUGCUUAUCUUGGUAAAGUAACUCAAAACAUUUUGACCUUUAGUACUCUUAAAUUCUGCUAUAUGGAAGACAUACUCUGGUCAACUUAAAAGUUUUAUCAAAGAUAAAGGUCACAUUUUUUUAAUGCCAUUUCUUAUUAUCAAGGUCUGUAUCUGAACUAGAACAAAAUCAAGCUCAAACCAAAAGGAAAAAAAAAUUGCGAUCCUGUUUAACGACUUCAGCCACAGGUGGUCAUAAUGACCAACAAUAUUAAGCUGGAUUAAAUAACAAGGCAGUUGAACACAGCUUUCAGUCAGUCAGUCAAUGUUAACUAUGCAACAGAAAUUUAAUUAUUAAUAUGUUAUUACUUAUUUAUCACAACCAUAGUUUCUUAUGUUGAAAUGUUUUCUUAAUGCCUUCAGAACAUUGAUUAAUUUUAAUGCUGGAUCUCUGCUUGAACGUUGUUGUAAAUAUCCAGCAAAAAUGUAGUUGUCAUCUUGUCGUUAGUGACUCCCCAAGUUCCUUAGUCUUACCACAGUUCUACAAGGCUUACAUUACAUGACUUCUUAGGUGAUUUUAAAGUCGCAAACACAUUUGCAAGAAGAGUUUUGCUGAAGUCAAGGCACACUCCCAUGAUCUGCGUUGUUAGGCAUAAGGUGAUGUUGAACCCUGAUCAGGACUGGUGUUGAACCUGAUCAGGUGGUCUUGAACCCUGAUCAGCCUUUCAAGGCUGUGUUUUUCCUCUCCUGGCACUACAAUAGAAUUAAACCUGUUUAUUUAUACUGCAGGUCUAAAGUUCUCAACAUAAUUUCUGUAAAUUUUCAGAAGUGCAUGAAUGAAAGAGUUUACAAUUUACAUAAAGGCAUUCCUCAAAUUUAACCAAAAGAAUAAUUGUUUAGAAAAAAAAAAAAAAAACAAUAAUCAUGCAGGGCUCUAGUUUUGUGCCCACCGGCGGCACGGCGGAGGGUGGCACACCCCUUGCAGUGGUAUAUUCAUCUGGUGGAGCCCGGCACACAGCCAGUUUGGUAUCUUCGCCAACCUGGGCGUGGUGGCGCAGUAGAGGGAGGUGUCGACAGAAUCAGCUGGCGCAGUGAUAUUUUCGUGCUUGGGAAGUGCGCUGAAAGCUCGCCGAUUUAAACCUGGUCAGCUUUCUAGUGGUAUUUUAGUAGACCGACGGAGUAGUGCGCACAUGUUUUCAAUGCCUCACAGGCAGUUUCCACAGUGUCAAGCACAUUUCAGUGUGAUAAAUAAUCAACAACAACCAAUAUUCAGCACAUAUACAUUUAGAUCUAUAUCGAUAUAUUUUGAUCUUUAUCUUAUCUGAUGAGCACGAUUGGCAUGUGUUUGGACACUCAACCUGACAGAAUUAACACAGCUAAAACCAUAUUAAAUUAAAUAUCCAGUAAAUAGUAACACAUGAUGAAGUUAACAAGAUAUCUAAUUCAUCUCCCCCCUUUUUCUAUCUUCCUCUUCCUCUUAUUUCUCAUGCAGCUCAACCGGACAUGUCUCCGUGUCCUCUCCCUGUCCUGCUGCUGCGGCGGCUGAACAAAUGAUUUAUUUUAGUGAUCAGAAGAGUUAUUUACUUCCAAAAUGUGAACAAAAAAAUUAAAGAAACUUCCAUUCAAAAUUACCUGUUUAUCUAAUGUUUUUACAUCCUUAAAAUUCUGUGAAUAUUCAGUCUGGAGUUAGGCUCACAUACAAAUAUAAUAUUCAGUUGCGUGAGCCAAGUUCAUUUUAUAUGCCAACGUCAAUGAAAGAAACAGCCAGGCCACAGAGUGCGAUGCGUCCUUUACGCACAGGUUGUUCUGACUUUAAAGCCAUUAUUAGAAUUCAUGUUGUGAUCUGUGCGCACAACCCACCGUUGUCACGUGGAGUUUAAAUAUAUGCAACUUUAUGUGUGUUUUUUGUGGAAAAGGGUGUUUGUCUUAACAGUGGGUACACCUUACACACACCAAAUCCCUCUUUGCUUAUUUGAGAGUGUGAAGGAUGCCCUCUGCAGCGCUUACUGUGACACUUGUUGAGGAGCUGCUUUUUGUUUCCAAUUGUUGUGGCAUUGCUGUCUUCAGCCAUCUCUUCGACUAUUUUAUAAAAAUUGUAAUACGCCUCGCUGGUGGCGGAUUUAAAGGUGAGGAGAGGAGCUGAUAUGAUUGGUGAAAACAGGUCUCUGCUGUGUUAAACCCACUCCACGCCUUCUCCCCUCCCUCUCUACUACUUACGCCGCUGGGAGGAGCUGAGUUAAGGAGGGGGGGAUACGUUCGCCGGGCUGCGCCGCUCACCAAAAUACAACAUUGUGCUUGGGCAUGCCUUAUCGGUGCGGCGAACCUGACGUAUGCUGCGCCUGCACCACACCACCGAUGAGGCAAACUCAAAGUUAGAAAAAGAGUUGAUGUUUGCAUUUUUGGCAAAAUGUUUCCCACCAAAAUGAUGCAAAUGAUGAUAAAAUUAAGGCAGUGUGCUAAACCUACCUGAUGGUGUGAUCUUGUUUGACCCAAAAAUAUAAACCUCAUUUUUCAGAAGCAGGGCCAGUCAAAGUAAAAUUGACAACAGAAAUCUUUUUCAAGAUUCAAUUUUACUUUGACAGUCUAUGAUCAUACUCUAGUUCAAAACACCUAUUCAAGUAUCAUUUAUUCUAUUGUGUGACUCAAAUACAUUCAGUUUGUGAUCUCUCACUUAGUUGUAUCUGCAUUAUUUUCCUCAUAGACCAUCUUCCUCCAGGACAACGGUAUAGUGCAGAUCCGUCUACAGGACCUGACUCGGCUGGGGAGCCUCCAUUAUCUAUACCUUCAGAAUAACAGCAUCUCAGCGCUGGAGCCCGGCGCGUUCCUCAGCCAGGGGCAGCUGCUGGAGCUGGCCUUAAAUGGAAACCUCAUCCACCUGGUCACAGCAGACAUGUUUCGAGGUCUGGAGCACCUCAGGAUCCUUUACCUUGCUGGGAACCAGAUCACUAGGGUUCAGGACUUCACUUUCAGGGGGCUGCAGGUUGGUGACCCCAGAUGUUUGAUAGUGAUGUUUAGAGGGUGGGUGGAUGAGCAACAGUGAUUCAUUCCCUAUUUGUUUUAAGUGUUCCAAAAACCUUAACCAUAAUCCCAUUGUGUGAAGGGUAAAAAGCUUAGCCCUCAGCAAAGCUAAAGCUUUUGAACAUCAGCUGCCUUUCAUGGAUUAUAUAUAGAAUGAUGUCUGCAACUGUAAAUCCAGUUCAUAGCAACAUGUCUGACUAAUCCCUGCCAUACACUAAUACAGUACAGGAUGAGUCAGGUGGAAUUAAGUCAUCCUCUCCUCACAUUUGACAUCAGUUUACUCCCUCUUCACUUGCAUGUUUCAUAUUUCCCCCCCUCUGUUUUGUGGUUGCAGCGUUUGCAGGAACUCCACCUGCAGGAAAACAGCAUAGAGCUGCUGGCAGAGAAAGCUCUGUCGGGUUUAUCAUCCCUGGCCUUGUUGGACCUCAGCAGAAAUCACCUCUGCACCCUGGGAGCCUCAUCCCUCAAACCUCUCGUGAGCCUGCAGGUCCUCCGUGUCACAGGUAGGCACAGCAAGAACAGAGGUUGUGACUGUUAAAUAAAACCAUACCCUGGAAAGAUCAAAUCUGAGUCAUAGUCCUCUGAAAAAAAAACAAACAAACAAAAAAAAAAAAACAUCCAUGCUGCAGUUUUGGCAAGCUAAGACUGCCUGGGAAUGCACCACAACAGCCUCAUCAGACAGGCUUGUGUAAAUAAAAAUUAUGUGCCCUGAAACAUGUUUUGCAUAUCAAAAGGUUUCAGCCAACCAUAAACCUUUCAUGAGAAAGAAAAUCCCUUAAAGACACAAUUAAAUAGAAUAAAUUAAAGAAACAGAUGCUUAAAAGGCUGUAAGUCCUGAAAUGGAUGCUGAAAGAGCUAAAGCAAAAUUUAAACUAUACUAAGCACAGUAAGUUGUUUACAAUGCAAUAUUCUUUCAGAGUCUACAACCCUAGUUCCUAAAGACUUCAGACACAGUCCAAAUUGUUAAUAAAACAGAUCUUGAUGGUUUGAAAAUUAUUUUUAACCCAAAGAACAACAACAAAAAAUGUUAAGACAAAAAAAUGCUGCUGUAUUUUGAAGAAUAGAAGUUCAUUUUAAAUUAUAUGUCCAGUAACAUGUUUUAUAAGAGCUGAAACAGUGACAACAAAACACUGAAUAAGUCCUGUAAUGCUAAAAUAAAGACUUUCCCCGGCAACUUUCAACUAGUAACAUGAAUUUACUGCAAGAUAGUAGUGUGCUGUGUAUAAAAUGUUUAUUUUGGUCUGAUUCUUUUAAAUUUAAGGAUGAGGGAAAAUUCAACGCAGGAGCAAACAGUUAAAAAAUCCAGAUUAAUUUUACUUCAUACAAAUUUGCAGAUUGAAUCAUCCACAGCAUAUUUAGAGCCAGAGAAUCUAAAUUUCUGUAUAAAAGGGACAAGGUUGGAAACCGGCUCUGGAUGGCUGUAAACUUUGGGCCCUCAGGUGACACUGCAUUAAAACCAGACUUGACUCUGUAGUGGAAACCACCACACAGGCUCAAAUCACUUCCAAAAAACACAGUGUGUCAUUGAUUUAAAACCUAAUAGUUUUUUUUUUUUUUUUAAACAGCAUUUAAACAGCUUUCCAGUAUUUUUGGAUUUGAAGUUCUAUCUUGGGCAUUUCCAGAGUUUUAUAUUCAAUCUCCUGAUUAUGAGUUCUAUUUAGAGUUAGUUCAAAUGAUGAAAGUCUUUGUGAAAAUCAUGAAAACUGCUAUUUUAAACUUUAUUAAGUUUUGUUUUACUGGUUUGCCUACACCUUUCCUGCAGAGAACCCGUGGCGCUGUGAUUGCGCUCUCGGCUGGCUGAGGACUUGGAUCAGAGAAGAUGGACAGCGUCUUCUGAGCUCUGCUGAACAACGUCGGCUGAUGUGCUCUGAACCCCCUCGUCUUUCCCACCUCAGUCUGGUAGAAGUUGCCCCAAACAGCCUGGUCUGCAUUCCCCCUGUGGUGCAGCUGGAGCCCAGUCACUUGACAGUGCGGCUAGGUGAAAGCCUCAGAGUCUCCUGCCAGGCCUCAGGGUACCCUCAGCCUCAGGUCACCUGGAAGAAAGCCUCCUAUGGCAAACCACAGUUGUCACCUCGAGGCCUGGUCCAGGAGCUUGGACCAAAUGGUGAGCUCUUCAGGCCUGGACCUGGAGGAGUGGUGACAGCCCUGCCCAGUGGUGGAGGGAUGAAAGUCCGAGGUGUGGGGGGGAUCCAGGGUCCUGUGCGUGGGACAGAGGAGGGUGGUGAGAGAGAUAGCUUUGAUCCAGACAUGGGCAGCGGUAUGCUUUUUCUGAGUAAUGUCACUGUAGCGCAUGCUGGGCGCUAUGAGUGUGAAGCCUGGAAUCCUGGAGGUGUAGCUAAAGUCACUUUUCACCUGGCUGUCAACAUGUCCUCGUCCUCAUAUUCGUCUCAGUUCUGGCCUCGUUCAAACACACACUCCUUUGUCUCCUCCUCUUCAAACUCCUUCUAUCAGCCGGAGGUUCUGGAUGUCAGCCAGGAGCCGCUUUAUGAACAGGACAGCAUGGACUUCAACGCUCUUGGACCUGCAACCCAGACAGCCAUUGCUGUUGGUAUCUCCCUGCUUGCACUCACGGCCGUUCUCCUCUUGAUCAUGAUUUACACUCGUCACCAGCAGAUCCGCAAAGAGGAAGGCGGUUCCUUCUGUACCAGCAAAGAAGAGAGCAUCCUCUAUGUCAAUGACUACUCUGAUGGACCGACCACUUUUGCGCAACUUGAGGAGUACCGCGACGACCACGGCCAUGAGAUGUAUGUACUCAAUAGAACCAAGCCUGUACUGGGCUCCACGUCCUCCAGGUGUCCCAUGAUGAGUGGGUUUGCCCAGCAGAAAGGUAUGAAAGAGGCUCUCCUGGACCAUGAAAUGGUGCAGACACUGACCAGAUCGGGAGGGAUGGGGCUUCGUAGAAACCCAGCAGAUGGUGGUGAAGGACCCCUGACAACAGACCCAGAGGAGCUCUUCCUCAGUCAGAGCCUCCUCUUUGGAUCACAGGUUGCCUAUGAAAUCCACUGCUAAGGAGGUUUAAUUGAAUUCGGACAUGAAACACAUAAUUAUGAACUUAAUUAAAGACAAAUCUUUGGUGCAAUGGUUGAGGAAUCACAUAAUUAUGUUGUCCUCAACAAAAAAGGAAGCAUUAGUAAGGGGUUGCCAGGAGGAACCUGGAUCAGACUGUUUGAGAUCCCUUUAUGAUUGUUCGUAAUUAUAUUUAAAUUCAAAGGGAUGAACAGUGGAAACAAAAGGGAAAAAACAGCCAAACCAUACCUUUCUGUGUCCAAGUCAACCCUUUAAAGACAAAUCCAAGUGGCUAACAUGACAAAUGGUUAGGCUGAAACUGUGCAGCACAUAGAGGCAACUAACAAUAUGGAUUAAACACUGGUUCAUAUUUUGUACCAAUUAUUUUCCUUUGGUUUUGUUUUGGGUGUUUUGUCAGUGUUUCGUGCAAUAUAAUAAAUUUCACUGUGAAGUACAGUUGUUUUGUGGACCCUGUUGCAGAUCCCAUUAUAAAUAGACCUAAACCGAUCCUCUUACUGAAACAGCAUUGUCAUUACCCUUGUGUAUGAGUGGGCGAGGGUGGGUGGACUUAAUUAAAAAGACUCAUUUCAAAUGCAGCUACAAGUCUUUUUUUACAUUUAUAACAUAACAUUGUGUUCCUUGAUGUUAAUGUCAUGUUUUUCUACUUAUUUGUUGCAACAAUAUAAAAAGCGAUUAACAUUUCUGUUGUCUGAAAUUAAAUCUAUGGUGGAAUUAAUUUUGUUGACAUGAGUCUGUAACAACACUACUAAAUGUGACUGUUGUACAUCUUUGGUUUCUCCAUAAUAAAAUGUAUUUUAAAAGAUCCAGUGUUUCUUUUCUAGCAAGAGAAACUAACACUUAUAUGCAUUUAUUACAUUUGUCAGGAAUUCUGAGUAAUAUGUAAGAUAUCUAUUAAAAUGAAUCAUAGAAUAAGCUUAAAAUAUACAGUAUACCUAAGGGAAACAUGCUCAGCUGAAAUACUGACUUCUCUAAAGACGAUGCAGCAGCCAGAAUAUCUUCUUCAAAGUUGUGAUUCUUGAACUAAAUGGUCUGUUUUUGUUUUUGUUUUGGCAGACAGUUUUAAGGCACCCCCACACAGCCGUUUCGGGCAACACUUGGGUUGCAGAUAUCAGUUCAUAUCAGUCCAGACAGCUUUAUACAUCCCAAGGGAGCAAUUUUGUUUUGGCAGUCUACUCAGACCAUACAUACAGUACAUUAACAAACAACCCUUGACAUGUACAUAAGACAUGAGACCAGCUAUGGGCAAGCAAACCGGUUCUGUUAUACCUGUAACUGAUUUUACCCAACCCAAACCAGCCUCCGCCUUUUCCUAAAAGC